GACAGGCAGGACAGAAUCGUCAGAACAGAAGAAUCUGACUGAAAUCAACAAAAAUAUUCUUGAUGUGGAUGUCGAUUUAUUAAUUAUUGUAUUGUAUUAACGCAAGUGUUUUUACCGCAUAAUUUGAUGCUAUUUUAGAAUGGCUACUUCUAGUGAGACAUCAGAUCCUAAUACAAAGUCAAAGCGUCCUGCUGAUUCGGCAUUUAAGCAGCAGCGGUUACCAGCAUGGCAACCGAUACUGACGGCUGGGACUGUUUUGCCAACAUUCUUUGUAAUAGGGAUCGCCUUCAUUCCUGUUGGCAUUGGACUCCUAUAUUUUUCAGACGAGGUUAAAGAGAAAGUUAUUGAUUACACAGAUUGCAUGAAAGUGGGAGAAAACAUCACAUGCGCCGAGUACAUCAAGCAGCACUUCAUGGCUCCUUGUGAAUGCCAAAUCAAUUUCACUUUGGAUGACAAUUUCCAAAGUAAUGUCUUCUUUUACUACGGCCUUAGCAACUAUUAUCAGAAUCAUCGUAGAUACGUGAAAUCUAGAGAUGACAACCAACUACUGGGUCGGCUGUCCAUGACUCCAUCUUCAGACUGCGUGCCAUUUGCCUAUUUGGACAGCAAGCCUGUGGCGCCCUGUGGUGCAAUUGCCAAUUCCCUUUUCAAUGAUACAUUGACUGUGUAUGCAUAUUUGCAAAAUAAAAUGGAACAAGUGCCUAUUUUCCGUACCGGCAUUGCUUGGAGCUCUGACAAGGAGAUCAAGUUCAGGAACCCACCAGGGGAUCUUCAGACAGCUUUUGCAAACUUUUCAAAGCCGUUGAACUGGCGUCGUAACAUUUGGGAACUGGACCUCGAAGAUCCGAAUAACAAUGGAUUCCAGAACGAGGAUUUAAUCGUAUGGAUGCGCACGGCGGCGCUGCCGACGUUCCGCAAGCUGUACCGGCGCGUGGACCACAGCAAGCCGGGCUUCUCCGACGGGCUGCUCAAGGGCGACUACAUGCUACAAGUUGCUUAUAACUACACCGUGAUCAACUUCAAUGGUCGCAAGACGUUCAUAAUAUCGACUACGUCACUUCUCGGCGGGAAGAAUCCUUUCUUGGGCGUCGCUUAUGUGGUCGUUGGAACACUGUGCCUGCUUUUAGGCAUCGUCUUACUGGUCAUACACGUCCGCUGCUCUAAAAGUACUACAGAAAUGAUCAACGUGAAUCCGAGGACCCCAUAUUCUUAAUUUGGUACAAGAGAUGCUUUACAAUUAUCACGUGCUUAGGUAAAGAUUUAAUCUAUACACUUUGUUUUAUUUGUUGAGAAUAUUAAAAGUAUCAUUAAAUAAAUAAAUGUAAACAAGACAAAUUAUACAGAUUGAAAUAGCCCCAAAGUAAGUUCGAGACUUGCGUUAUGGGAUAUUAAACGAAACUAUAUUUUAUAAAAAAUACUUAUAUACGAUAUACAUCCAUAAUCCCGGUGACUCAAUUUAAUAAAAGUUCUUUUUCCUGAUGGAAGGCCCUACCUUACCAGGGAUCGAACCUGACACCUUCUGGUUCAGAAUCGAGAAUCCGACAACUGCGCCGAACAGACCAUCGUCAUUCUAUUGUAUUUACGUCAGGGUAAAAUUCUUAUUCAGGUUGCCUUUAUAAUUGAAAACAAUUAUUACAGGACUCGUUUAGAUCAAAAAAAUUGUGUAUUUGGUGAUCAAUUAAAAUGAAAUUUAUUUAUCAAGGAACUUAAAUAUCUAUUUUAUUUUUAUCUAAGCAUUCGAUGAUUUGGUUUUUAAUAUUAUUAGUUCAAAAUAAUUUUAUUAUUAAUUCUCACAAAGUUACAUACGAAUAAAAUUAAAGAUUGAACCCUAAUAAAGCUGAAUUGAGCGUUAUGGCAAAUGAUUAUAGCGCUCAAUUUAGCUUGUCGUGUUAACAACAUAUUGAUAUGUUUGAGGUUUAGAUCAUUUUCGAUGUAAAAUUAAAUUGCUUUUCAUUUAGUUGUGAAUAGUUUAGUAGGAUUAAAAAAAAUCGAGAUUUAUUCAAAAAGUAAUAAUAUAAAUGAUCCAGAGGUAACCCCGUAAAUAGUAAGUGAUAUUCUUUUAUUUGUUGAAUUUUUAUCAUUACUUUUUGAACAGCCUUAUAUUUUAAUGUUGUACUUCGUGCGCUUAACAUUCUUUUUCAAGGGACUUUUUGAGUGCAGGAAAAAACCACAAGGAAUAUGUGCGAUUAGAUAUUGUUAAAUUUACUAGACAGUAGUAGCCUAAUCACCGAGGUCGGACCGGAGGACACAACCGGGACUAAAAGCCAGGAGGAAGAAGAUUGGUAGAUCGCAACAAGAUGUAUACAUAUUUGUAAGUGACAUUCAAAAAAACCUAAAUUAGAAUGGCUACUGAGGUCUUGUUUGAGAACAUCACAUAUUCCUGGUUUUUGAUUAUUGUGAUAGUUUGUUAUCGUUUCAGUAUUUUAAAUUCUAUAUCUAUUGAAAUGUUAAAUUUAAAACGCUUUGUUAUUAUUUUGUUAAAAAGAAAGUAAGUUUUUUUAAGUUAUUAUAAGACAAAAAAUUCAAAUAGAUAAGUUGUUUUAAUUAUUUGGCUAUUUUUGUAUUUUUGUACAUUCUUUCUUUUUUCUGAUAUUUAUCGUGUUUUCACUACAAUGUUUUAUCCUUAUGAGGUAAUAUAAAAAUAUUCCUAAAAAUUAUGUUAGUUCAUUUUUCACACUUACUAUUGUAAUGUUUCUUAAUAUGUGUCUAAUAGUAGUUAUACGUAUAAAAUAAAUUGAAGUGCCUUUUAGGAAUAUAAAAAUUAUCUUGCUUAUGACACUAUUACCUAGGUUAUAAUCUCAGAUUUCUGAAUGUGCUAAACAUAUGUAUAAAACGAAUAUGUAUUCGACUAUAUCUUUUUAAUAUAAUACCUUUGUGGUCAAAAAUCAUUUAAUGAUUGCAAUGAUUGUUAAAAGUAAGUACUUUCCAUAAUUUUAUGUAAAGUUUAAUUUAAGCUUCUAGUGAUGUUAGUUAUAUUGCCGCCAAAAUUAAUACUUCUGAAUGAAAAUCAAUCUUUUCACUGAACCCUUUUAUGAAGGGAUAAGUAUUUUCUAUCGAUUGAAAAAUGACUCUGAAAGGUUUUAUGCAAUUAUUAUAUUUGCUUCUGUAAUAUGUCUUAUAGUUGUUUUAGCAUUGUAGAAUUUCACGUACUUAUUAGACGACCACGACACUACAUCGUUAUGUGAUGCAUUUAAUAAUAUAUCAGUGUACUAAUAUUUAAUGUUUUAACCAUUAAAUAAUAUGUAACGAAAA